ACCUGCUUGUCUUCUGUCUGCUCGUCUUGCAUUGCCCGCCUAGUUAUCCUCUCACCUAGAAAUUAGCCUCUAUCAUCUCUCUAAAAAAAUUCAGCCAUGGCCACAGAAAGCUUUGGAUUCCAAGCUGAGAUUAGCCAGCUGCUUGACCUCAUCAUUAAUACCUUCUACAGCAACAAGGAGAUCUUCCUUCGUGAAAUUAUCUCCAAUUCCUCAGAUGCUCUCGACAAAAUCCGCUAUGCUUCCCUGACCGAUCCCUCCGUCCUCGACUCCGAAAAGGACCUCUAUAUCCGGAUCAUCCCUGACAAGGAGAACAAGGUCCUUUCCAUCCGCGAUACCGGUAUCGGUAUGACCAAGUCCGACCUCGUCAACAACUUGGGUACAAUCGCCAAGUCUGGUACUAAGGGCUUCAUGGAGGCACUUAGCUCUGGAGCUGACAUUUCGAUGAUUGGUCAGUUUGGUGUCGGUUUCUACUCAGCAUACCUCGUCGCCGAGCGCGUACAAGUCAUCUCGAAACACAAUGAUGACGACCAGUACAUCUGGGAGUCUGCCGCUGGUGGCACCUUCACCAUCACUCCGGACACCGUGAACCCACCUCUUGGGCGUGGUACCGAGCUCCGUCUCUUCCUCAAGGAAGACCAAUUGGAAUACCUCGAGGAAAAGAAGAUCAAGGACAUCGUCAAGAAGCACUCUGAGUUCAUCUCGUACCCCAUUCAGCUUGCAGUGACGAAGGAGGUCGAGAAGGAAGUCGAGGACGAAGAGGAAGAGAAAGAAGAGAAAGAGGACGAAGACAAGGAGAAGCCUAAAGUCGAGGAGGUCGACGAAGAUGAGGAGAAGGACAAGGGCAAGAAAAAGAAGACCGUUAAGGAGAAGACCGUUGAGAACCAAGAACUCAACAAGACGAAGCCAUUAUGGACUCGCAACCCCUCUGAGAUCACUCAAGAGGAGUACGCAUCCUUCUACAAGAGCUUGUCAAACGACUGGGAAGACCAUCUCGCUGUGAAGCACUUCUCCGUUGAGGGUCAGCUCGAGUUUAAGGCUAUUCUCUUCAUUCCAAGACGCGCGCCUUUCGAUCUCUUCGAGUCAAAGAAGAAGCGCAACAACAUCAAGCUCUAUGUCCGCCGUGUCUUCAUCAUGGACGACUGUGAGGACCUCAUACCUGAGUACCUCAACUUCGUCAAGGGUAUCGUCGACUCCGAAGAUCUACCUCUCAACAUUUCGCGUGAGACGCUCCAGCAGAACAAGAUUCUCAAGGUCAUCCGUAAGAACAUCGUCAAGAAGUGCCUUGACCUCAUCCAGGAAAUCUCUGAGGACAAGGAGAACUUCAAGAAGUUCUACGAGGCAUUCGGCAAGAACAUGAAACUCGGUAUCCACGAGGACGCGCAGAACCGCAGCAAGCUUGCUGAGUUCUUGCGCUUCUACUCGACGAAGUCAACCGAGGAGCAGAUCUCUCUUAAGGACUACAUAACUCGUAUGCCUGAGAUUCAGAAGUCCAUCUACUACUUGACCGGCGAGUCCCUCAACGCCGUCAAAGACUCACCGUUCCUUGAGGCCCUCAAGAAGAAGAACUUCGAGGUUCUGCUGCUCGUUGACCCCAUUGACGAGUACGCUAUCACCCAGCUCAAAGAGUUCGAGGGCCACAAGCUCGUCUGCGUAUCGAAGGAGGGUCUUGAACUUGAGGAGACUGAAGAAGAGAAGAAAGAGCGCGAGGGCGAAGCAGCUCAGUUCGAGGAUCUUUGCAAGGUCGUAAAAGACGCACUCGGCGACAAGGUCGAGAAGGUCGUCAUCUCCAACCGUGUCACCGACUCACCAUGUGUGCUCGUCACCGGCCAGUUCGGUUGGUCAGCCAACAUGGAACGAAUUAUGAAGGCACAAGCACUCCGUGACUCCUCGAUGUCAUCAUACAUGGCAUCGAAGAAGACUCUCGAGCUCAACCCCCACAACCCGAUCGUCAAGGUCCUCAAGAGCAAGGUCGCCGAAGACAAGGCUGACAAGUCUGUCCGAGACCUUACAUACCUGCUCUUCGAGACUGCACUCCUCACCUCUGGCUUCGUGCUUGACGAGCCAACUUCGUUCGCCAAGCGUAUCCACCGUAUGAUCGCUCUCGGCUUAGACGUUGAGGAAGAAGAGGCACCUGCUGCACCUGCUGUUGAGGAGACCGCUGCACCCGCUGCGGAACCUGCUGCUGCAUCCGCAAUGGAAGAGAUUGACUAGAGAGUUAUCUUACAGCUAGCUAUCUUUGUUAGUCUGCUUUUUCUUUGUACCUUUACGACUCGGGCAUUUGUUGUCAUGCAAUAACUUCUACGCAUUUGUUUCAUUAUAUUUCUGCACGAAUAAAAUUUCAUUCCG